AUGGCUUCGUCUAAACCCCCCCAGAACACUCUCGUAUUUGAAAAUUUACCCAGUAAGGCAAACCUCAACUUAUGGUUGAUGGGAAUAGAUACCCAAUUUUUUAAUAUUAAUAAUAUAUUUCGGGGUAUAAAACUAAUACCACCAGGAAUUCAUUUAUUUCACUAUUCAAUUCCCCCCGGUGAUGAAAGCCCACAGAGCAACGGGAUACCUUCGGAAGCAAUAUCCUCUAGUUCUCGUUUUGGAAUUUGGCUUGACUGUAAAGAUAAUGAUGUUUUGAUAUUACGUUGGGAUGAUGAAUCUGAACGAUUAAAUAUUGUUGAUCCAAAUAAGGAUGAAGAACAAUUAAAUUACAGUAAAUGCUUGAGUAGUAUUGGGGACAUAUAUCCGUUUAUGGUGAGUUAUCCAGAGAAUUCACUGAAAUGGUUCAAUUUUUUGAUCAAUUAUAUCGAUUUUGAGGUGAUUCAAGAAUUUGUACCUUGUGAUAAUGACAUGUAUUCGGGAGAUAUUACAUCAAUGAUGCCUUCUAAAGAGGAAAACAUGGUUCUCCUAGAUGCACUACAGAAAGUGAAUCCUGGGGCAUUGUCUUCGUUAGAGGAUCAAACCGAUAAAGAGUUGAAAUAUACAAUUAUACAGUUCAAGAUCAGUAAAGAGAAUACAGAAUCGGUGAAAGAAGUAACAGAAAAUUAUCUUGAUAAAUCAUGGUAUUUGAAUCAGUUAUAUGGUAAUGACAUUGAGUUGAUGUUGGGUGAGUUACAGCUAUCAUUUAUAAAUUUUGUCAUACUUGGAAAUUUUUGUUCAGGGUUGCAAUGGCUUAACAUUAUAAGAUUGAUUCUGAUGAGUAGGAAAUUUAUAAAAUCAAGUCAAAAAGUUGCAUUAGAUUUUUUGACUGUAUUCCAACAUCAUUUGGAACAGUUACCAAAAGAAUAUUUAAUCGAUGAUCUUGCUCUCAAUAACCUGCUUGACUUGCAGAAAUACAUCUUAGUAUUAGAAAAUUUUGCCAGAGACAUUUUCCCGAAAGACACAUGGGAUCUUAAUGGUUGUUGUGGUAAGAUGAAACUUUCUGGAUUCAUCAAAGAAAAGUGGCAGCGUAUUCUCAACAUUAAUAAAUCCAAGUUCAAUAUCGAUUUUGAAAAAUUAGGCCAGAGAAAUAUAGAUGAAAAUGAGAUAGAAGUUUAUGACUUGAAUGAUUAUGAUGAAAAUGACGAAGAUGCUCCUGCUAUAGUGAGUUGA